AUGACUCCGCAGGAGUUUGCAUCACCUGGACUGAGGACACCAGCUGGCACCACUAAGGGAAAAGAAAAGCAAGAAGGGACAUCGAGUUCGGCAACAAAAGAGGCUGUUGGGUCUCGAGAGGUGCCGGUUACUGAUGUCAAAAGAGAAGAGGCCAGCGUCAGGUCACAGGGAGGUGGGUUAGGAGUGCCAAGUGGGGCUGAAGUUUCCAUGUCAGCCGCACCGUUGUUCACACCAGAGCAGUUUCAACAAAUGGCAGCUCUUCAAAAUCAAGCCUCCUGGUUGUAUGCACCGCCUCAAUCAGUCUUCACUCCUUUUGCUUCACGUCCUGCUUUUUUGAAUCAAGAGGAGAGUAGAUUUGCAAGAGAAUCCACAGAAAGAGAUAGGUGGUUGGAAGAAUUGAGAGAACAACAGUUGCGUGAUCAGAGAGAAAGAGAAGAACUUCGAAUGCUGGUGAAUCAGAUUUCCAAAGAAAAUGUAGCUCUCAAGGCCACCAUUCAGUCUCUCCGCAUGUCAACAGAGGGAGGAGAGCCGAAGUUCUCGACUCCUGAGGAUGAUGUUGGACAGGCGCAAGAGGCUGCCAAUUCGAAGAAUGGUGCAGGCAUUGAAGUGCCUGCUCAAAAGGAGGCCGCAGACCCCCAAAAGGAGGCUGCAGAUCCCCUGAGAAGCCCAAAAGAAGAGGAAGUCCUUCCUUGGAGGACUAAGGAGGCUGCAGAUCCGCCGCCAAAGACAUCGAAGGAAGAAAGUCACCAUCGAGGAGCUGAUGCGGGACAGGCUGACACUGGUCCCGGCUCUCAGUUCACUCAGAAGUCGUUGGAGUUCAUAAGUUUGAUGGUAGAGUCGAUGAAAGAGAUGCAGAAAAAGGUUUCAGAACAAAGAGACGAAGGUGGUUCAAUCAGAGGCGUAGAAGUUGUCAGGUCUGGGGUGCUAGAUCUUCCUGGCCUACCACCAUGUAAUCCGUCACAGGGUCCACUGCAGCUUGGAGAUUGGUUGUUGAUGGUGGAACCCAUAGCUGCCGAUAUGACUUCAACCAGUGAAGAAUGGUGGACCACUAUGGUGAAAGCCGUGGAAUCAUGGUACCAGCGGCACAUGUCUCUGAAUCCACUUGACAGGAUCACCCAUGACGCGACACCACCUGCGAGCUUGCAACAGGAAAGAUGGCAACGUUUGGAGAGGAGGAUGUCAACAAUGCUCUUGCACUCAGUUCCGGAGAAUGUCCGUGAGGAACUGGUGGCUGGACGAAAGAUGUCAGUUUUCAGCAUCUUAGCACAUCUUUUUCUCACUUACUGCCCGGGUGGUGUGCUGGAAAAACAAAUGUUGUUGCGCAGUCUUGAAGAUCCACCAGAAGUCACUAGCAUCGGAGAUGCUCCUGCCGCCUUGAGACGAUGGAUGAGGUGGAAAGCCAGGACUGCUGAAAUUGGUGCAGUGAUUCCUGAUGCUGCACUCUUGCUCAAGGGCUUGAACAGACUCACCAAAAGGGUCCUGGAUGGUCACCGUGAUUUACAAUUCAGGAUUCAGCUUGCCAGGUCGAGUCUGGGAGUAGACACAACUCCGACUGAGUUGUCAGUCACCAGAUUCGCCACACACCUCUUGGCAGAGAUAGAGCAAGUGGCGCUGACUGAGAAGCGCACUGGAGGACAGACGUCAAAACAGGAUGUCCCCAAGCUGAAGGCAAUGGAGGUAGAGAAGCCAGAAAAAGGGAAGGGAAAGGGACAAGAACGCUCAGCAGAAGAUGGAGGACGAGAUGACAAGAGGAGGUGCUGGGUCUGUGGGUCAGUCGACCAUUUUGCCCCUGCAUGCACACGUCCAAAGGGCUCUUCUGAGAACAGCCCACCAAAGGCCAGAGCCUUGAAGUCUGAGGCUGAACAAGGAGGAAAUCAGAAGGAGUCAGAUGCUCCGACAGCGCCGAGCUCUGAAUCGGCGAUCAAAGAUCUGAUGGAGGAGGCGAACAAGAUGCUGAAGAGUUUGACAGCUUCGAGAGACGAUGGAUCGGCUGCAGAAGCAGCUGAACUGAAGAUUCAGAAGAUCUCAUCAGGUCAUUGUCAAGGCCUGAUCGACAGCGGUGCGACACAUGCACUGCGCCCCAAAAAGCUGGGCGAAGACAUCUCCCAGUACAAGAAGGUUGAAGUUUCACUAGCAGACGGCCAGACUGCCCUCUUGGCCAUCAAUGCUGGAGGAACGAUGGUCAGUGAGGAGGCGGACAUCGAGCCAAUUGUCCCUAUGAGUGCGCUGAUGAAAGAUCUUGGAUGUGAAGCAGUUUGGAAAGCAGGUGAACUGUCAAUCAUCCAUCCAGGUCUUGGCAGUCUUCCAGUUCAACAAGCUGAAGGCUGUCCUCAGAUUUCCAAACAACUUGCGCUGCAACUGAUUGAGGAGAUUGAAAGAAAGAAGUUGAAGAUAGGUGAGAAGGCUGAAGAUUUUUCACGAGAAGCAGAGUGGAUGAGAAAGCUGGUGGCUGAACACCCGCUGCUGAAGUCUCUUCCCGGUUGGAUCAGGGAGGGAUUGCUUUGUGAGGUUGGAGAAUGGAAUCAGCUUCCUGCGAAUAGAAGAGCGAGGAAGAGGAUGCAGAGAGAUGGAUUCAUCCUUCACCUGUUUGCAGGCCCAAAUGAAGGAUGCACACUACAACGAGCAUGGCAGCAAGCUGGAGGUCAAGAAUGGCAGCUGUUGGAGAUGGAUGUGGUCAGAGGAGAAGAUCAAGAUCUUCUGAAGCCAAAGGUCUAUGGAGGACUGAUGCGAGCGGCUUUGGAAGGAAGAAUCAAGGCGGUAGUGGGAGGUCCAAACUGCAGGACGAGGAGCGUCUUGCGCCACUAUCCCAUUGAAGGGAAUCCACAAGCUCCCAGGCCAGUGAGGAACUGGGGAGGAGGAGAGUUUGGGUCCAAGCACUUGACCCAUCAAGAGCGCCAACAGGUCAUAGAGGAUGACUUGCUGCUGUGGCGAAUGAUCUUCAUCUACAUGGUAGCCACAUUUGCUGCCAGGGCAAGAGGAGAACUUCAAGACCCGCUGUUCAGUCUGGAACAGCCGGCAUCCCCCAAGCAAUACAUGCCAGAAGUGGUGAGCUUCUGGGAUACUGAAGAAUGGAGGAGGCUGAAAGAAGAGUUUUCCUUCACUGAGGAGACGUUUGAACAAGGCAAGUUGGGUGGGAAGUCUGCAAAGCCAACCACAUUUGGGGGAUCUCUUCAACUCAAUGUGGAGGACUACAAGAUCACUUCCAAAAGACAUCCUUCCCGAGUCAACAGCUCCAAAGAACUAGCACGUUGGCCACCUAUGCUGAUGAUGAUGUUGGCCGAUGAACUGAUUAAGCAGGUCUAUCAAGUGACCCCGAAGCUGAAACCAAUGUCGUGGCAAGAGCAUUUGGCUUUUGGCCACAUCCCAUACCGGAGAGACUGCAAGAUAUGCCAGGAGUCGGAUGGAGGAGAUCCGGUCCGCCUCCCAGGCCCACCUAGGGGAGUGCCCGCGGGUGAGAUGGGGUCGGAUGGAGGAGAUCUGGUCCGCCUCCCCGCUGGGCAAGGUGGAGAGGCACCACAAGCCCCACCAGGCGGAGUGCCAGGUGAGCAGGGGUCGGACGAAGGAUGUCUGGUCCGCCUCCCAGGCCCGCCAAAAGAAGAAAGUUUGGAAGAAACAACGGAACUUCGAGUGUUCCGUAUGGCCUUGCCGAUGGUCACAAAGACUUCCAGAGAAGUCAGUGCGACGGCCACGGAGUUCAUCUUGAGGUUGAGAGCCGACGGCUAUCACGUGGGCCGCAUUCACUGUGAUCGUGGCCACGAGUUUGACGGGGCCUUCAGAAAAUGGGCCCGAAGCAGAGGCAUAUACAUCACAAAAACGGCAGGGGAUGACCCACAAGGAAAUGGCCGUGCAGAGGUCACGGUCAAGGCUCUCAAGACUCAAGUGAGGAGAGCACUGAGGCAGGCCAAUUUGGACUCCUCAUACUGGCCAUGGGCGCUGAGACAUGUGGAUGAGAUCAACAGGUGCAUCAGAAAAGACAUCACCCCAAACUGGCCGCAGUUCUUCCAAGAAGUGAGAGUCAAGAAACGCACCUGGAGGAGAGGAGCGUUUGAAGCGGCAGUUGAGAAGGUCAGAUACUUGUGUCCAUCCACAGAAGAUCAUGGCCACUGGAUUCAGAAAGAAGGAGAAGCGCCACGAGUCACAAAGUACGUCCUCCAACAGACUGUUGAACCCAUCGAUGAUGCAGUGUGGGUUGCUCUGGAGGGCAACAUUUCCAAUGCUUGGUCUGUGAGAAGGAGGCUGAGAGGAAAGACAGCAGUGAGGAGAAUUCAUGGCUCUCUUCAAUCUGAACCAGAGGAGGAGACAAAGAAAAGAAGAGAGGAGGAGUUGAAGAAUAUAAGAGAAGUCAUCGACCAGGAGAUGAAAGACAUCCUGGAGACAGAACCGCAGUUUGCGGCAGACAUCGUUCAGGUUGUCGCCAAGCUGAGGAAGAUGGCGAUGCCAACAGAAGAUGAGGAGCAGGUUCUUCAAACCAAAAUCAUCUCUCCCAAGGAGGUUGCAAGGAGAUGGUCUGAAUGGUUGGAGUCUGUGGACAGUGAGGUUCAAGCUCUCACUGAUGAGAAGAAGGCGCUGAAGCAGCUCAGCGAGGAGGAGCAUGAAAGUUUGAGAAAGAAGGCGAUCGAAGAAGGGAGAAAGAUUGAAUAUCUCCCAUCAAAGAUGGUGUAUACUCUGAAGCCUGGAGAGAAGGGCGGAAAGAAAAAGACAAGAUGGGUGGUAUGCGGAAACUUUGAAGAGAAGAAGGAGGGUGAAGAGAACUACUCUGGAGGGGCAGAUGCCACGGCGUUCAGAGUUUUGAUCUGGGCGUCUGGGAAGUUUCAAUGGAGAGGUUGGGUGAUUGAUGUGCGAACGGCAUUUCUCAAUGCCGACAUGGAGGUCAAAGAUGAGGAGAACCUCCUGCUGGUGAAACCACCCUUCAUCUUGGUUGAGAAAAAGUAUCUGGCUCCCAGCACUGUUUUCCUUCCACUCAAGGCCGUCUAUGGCUUCCGCCGCUCUCCAAGACUCUGGGGAACGCAUCGAGAUCACAAGAUGCGCCAGCUUGAAGUGAAGGUCAAAAGAAGAGGAGUCAGGAGGCCAGCAGCGGGAGGCGGGGUGCCUCCCUGGGAUCUUGGGCAGGAGGUAGCCCUUGCAACUAUACCUCCUGGAGACCUGGGACCGGGCUGCUCCUUGGUCAUCACCGAGGGGUACUACUAUGGGGGGAAGAUGAAGAUCGCAGGAGAAGUCACCAAGCUGGAGAUGGAGGGCGGCGAGGUCAACGUGAAGCUGAAAGUGACAGGGACAGAUCACGAAGGGCUCCUGAAGACCAGUUCUGCUCACCCACAGCAACAGUUUCUGUGCUACCUAUGCGGAGCAGGAUGCAACAAGAUGGAUGUGGGCGAGUUCAGGGUGCAUGCAGUGAGGGGCCGGCGCCGCAUGGCCGCAGACGAAGAAGGCUGGGUGACAAACUUAGUCGCAGGAGCCGCACCAGAAGAGGAGGACGAGAACCAGGAGUUGCGGCACAGGGCUGCUCUCCUAGCCGGUCGGGGAGGGGAACUGGGGGACCCUCCCGGGGCAGAGAAAGAAAAGCGAGCAUCCCCACAAGACAAGGAAGAGGAGUCAGGAGAAGUAAAGAAGAAAAAGAAAAAGAAGAAAAACCGGAAGAAGGAGAAAGAAGUGGAGGAUGGGAAGAGGCCGACCGUUGCUGUUCAGAAGGGUCUCAAGGCCGUCUUCGGCGGUACCGGUUUGGACCCGAGAGAGAGGGUCCGCCGACGGGUGGCAUCCAAGGCGCAGAAGUUUGCGUCCCGGAAGAGGCAGAAAAGCGACAGCGGGUCAUCAAACAGCAGCGGUUCAUCUUCGAGCACCGAGGAAGAGGACUACAAGGGACAGUUGGCAGUCUUCGCAGAAGAAACAAAGAUCAGAGGAGUGGCAGAGAGGUUCCCAGGAGCAUUGACAGUCGAAGCAAUGGGAGCUAUGAAGAGGUCGCUGCUGACCACUUCGGGAGAAGAGCUCGAAGAGGGAUCACUGCGGCCAGUGGCCCUCCUUUACUUCAGGAGCGUGCUCUCCCGCCGAGCCAGUGGUCCCCAGGCACGAGAGAUGUUGAACAUCUCGAUGGCGCUGGACCACCUGGUCAGGGGUCGGGUGGUGACUGCUGCAGACAUCUUGUCUCAGCGGUUAAAGGCCCAGGAGAGUGCGCUGGUGGCGAGGGGAGAGUUGCAGAAUGCCAGAAAGGACGAGUACGACGAGGCCAAGACGCGGUGGCAAGCUCAGGUCUCGAGUGGAGGCAAGGCCGACGGAAGAGGCAAGUCCAAGAGCCAGAAGGGCGAUCGAGAGACGUGGAAAAAGGACGACAAGAAGGAGGAGCAGAAAGGAGCUGUAGCCGGUGACACAUCGGCUUUUCUUGCGCAUGAAAGCUUGGGUGGCGAAGACCAUUCCACAGUGGGUGCACCAGCGACUUUUAGCGAGUGCAAAAAGAGUGGCAUUGGUGAUUUGGUAGGAGACGUUGAAACUUUGCCCUCCUGGGCGUUGAUGAACCCCUAUUUUUUGCAGCCUGGGGAGUCGGGAGGUUUACCUAUGCUCGCCGGUAUUACCUAUGGGAUUUUUAACUCAGUGUCCCUUGCACAACACGUGCAUCGGAAUCUGGCACUGUGGAGUGGGGCCCAUGGGACACCUGCUGAGCAAAUCAACCCUCCUGAAGCUGAGAUCAGGAAGGACCGCUCUCUCACCUCCUACAAUCCUUCUUGGCGGAUCUACCUUGACAACUACGAUCUCUUGGAGAGAGUCCAGGCCCUUGGAGUCGGGAGUUUAGAAGGCAGUCUAGCUCCCUCGAUCCUAGCGCUGAGAAGUGAAUAUGAAAUCUGGGAAGUACUCCGCAACAUGAAGAAGAGUGUCUCCCGUCAACUACAUGCCGAGGUUCAAGGUGCUCAAGUGGACGGCGUGGAAGGGGUUGCCUACCCACGGGAGGGGAAGCUGCUGAAGUAUGUUGCGGCAGCACUCUCCCUGAUGGAGGACCCACUGGUCACUCAAAAGCAACUACAAGUAGUUUGCGGAGGUCUUGUGUACUUCUCGAUGUUCCGUAGGUCACCUGCAGUGAUGCGUCAACCUCUGGAGGUGGAGUCUGUGCAAGACGUGGAUGACAAGAUGGUCCGGGAGUGGGGACGGGCCUACUCCCAAGCCUCAGUAGUUUUGAUCGGAGGCGGUCCUCCGUGUCAAGGAGUCAGUGGACUCAACAGUGAGCGAAAAGGGGCACUUAAGGAUGAACGAUCCAAACUCUUCACCCAUGUGGAGCGCAUCCUCGCCUUGGUUAGGCAACAUUUUCCCUGGAGUCAGGUUCACGGGCUCAUGGAGAGUGUUGCGUCGAUGGACGCUUCAGACAGGAAGGUUAUGUCAGAGUCCUUUGGAAGCGACCCGUGGAAGUGCGAUGCCAGUACCAUGACAUGGUGUAGCAGGCCACGCCUGUACUGGCUCACCUGGGAGUUGCGUGAAGGUCCAGGAGUCCAGUUGGAGGGCACCAGGUCUCGUAUGGAGGUGAUUCUGAUGGCCAAUCAGAAUUUGGAUCAUGUUUGCCAAGAGGGAUGGAUCAAGGCCGAUCCUGACCGCUCAUUUCCCACAUUUACCACGUCAAGGCCGCGAUCCCACCCCGGCCGGAAGCCUGCGGGUGUCUCUACGUGCACCACUGAAGAGCUGCAACGGUGGCAGGAGGCGCUCAUUGGAGCUCUUCGUGACAUCUGGACCACAACAGAACCACAAGAGGUCACAGAGAAUCCCAUCAAGUUUUUGGGCAUGGAGGUUGCGAAAGUUUGGUCGAAUGAGAAUCAGCGAUAUGACUGGUUCGUCACACAGGAGUCAUAUGUGAAAGAUCUCCUGGAGCGAUAUGACCAGGAGAAAGAUGAGAAGAAGCAGAAGAUCAGAAAGGUUCCGAUCUCAAGAGAUUUGGCUGCGAUGGAGGAGGAUCCAAAACCACCUUCACUUCAGAAGGUACGCCAGUGCCAGAAGGAAGUGGGGGAGCUAUUGUGGCUGGUCACCAGAACGCGACCAGACCUCAUGUUCAGCAUCGCUCGAAUGGGCGCUAAUGUCACCAAGGCCACUGCUGCGGUUUUGGAAGCAGCAGCUCAGACCAGAGAUUAUCUACGAGGAACAGUUUCUCAUGGUUUGAAGUUUGGAGAAGAAAAAGAGAAGGAGGUAGCCAUUCAGGUUUGGUCUGAUGCGUCGUUUGCGCCAGAGGGUGAAGAAUCUCACGGAUGUUUCACUGUGAUGGUGAACCAAAGUGUCCUCUUCUGGCGUUCUGGAAGGCAACCUUCCAUUACGCUUUCCACUGCAGAGGCUGAGCUGAAUGAGCUGAUCGAGGGGAUGAACGCUGGAGAAGCAGUUUCAGUGAUUCUCCAGGAGCUGCUGGAUGAAGUCAAAAGAAUUGCCUGGUCAGACAGUCAGUCUGCCAUUGCGAUCCUAACGAGCGAGUCUGGAAGCUGGAGAACGCGUCACCUGCGAAUGAGAGCUGCUUACGCCAAACAAGCAGUUUUCACAGGAGAUUGGCAGGUCAGCCACUCACCGGGUGAAGAUUUGAACGCUGACAUCGGAACGAAAGCUUUGACUUCAGUGAGGCUUGAGAAACUGAAGUCCUUGCUGGGCAUGGCCUCAAAGCCCAGCAUCUCAGAGGAAGCAGGCCAAGAAGGUCCAACAGAAGAAACAAGCGAGAGCAGAAAAGAUGGAGCUGAGAUCAAGGUUGCACAGGCAGCCCUUGCAGUGAAACUGUUGACGAUGGCUGCCAUGAUCUCAGUUGGAAAGUCACAAGAGGAUGAAGAAGAAGAAACAGAAUCAAUCAAGGAGUUCAACAUGAUGAUGGUGGCAUUUGCGAUUUUGAUCGUGCUGCUCACCUUACUGGUUCAAGCUGCGUGGAAGGUAGGAGGAGGUGUCUAUGAACGGAGGACCAAGGGGCUCUCUGACACGUCGAGCCGAAGUCUCCCUGCGCAGUCAGAAUCAGGAGAAGGGCAGAGAGCCCAACGAGGAAGGAGGGGUUCUGGCGGUGAGGACGGGUCGAGCGGUUCAGGAGAUCGCUUGGUCCAGCUCCCGCCAGAGAUCCGGGACGAGGUGAGAGGGCCCGUCCAGCCGGAUGAGUUGGGGUUGGUUGGAGGAGAACCAGUCCGCCUCUCUGGCCCCGAGGAUGACGAUUCCAGCUCCAGCUG